UUGUUGUUUUGACAGACAGUAGGCAGCAUGGCAAGCCAACAUGACACGCUUGUGGGAGCUGUCGAUCAGGGCACGAGUAGUUCGAGAUUUCUUAUAUUUUCCAGUAAGACCGGGGAGUUGGUAACAUACCACCAGGAAGAAAUAAAACAACUGCUGCCUAAGGAAGGAUGGGUGGAGGAGGACCCGGAGGAGAUACUGACCUCUGUACAGAUCUGUAUGCAGAAGGCCAUCAACAACUUAAAGGCUCUUAACAUCAGUCCGGACAAUAUCAAAACCAUUGGCAUAACAAAUCAAAGGGAGACGACUGUGGUUUGGGACAAACUGACGGGAGAACCUCUCUACAAUGCUAUUGUGUGGCUGGACAUGAGAACAGCGAGUACUGUGGAUAACCUGGUGGACAAGACCCCACAGAAGGACAAGGACUAUCUGAGGCCUAAAUGUGGCCUUCCGAUAACAACCUACUUCAGUGCUGUCAAGUUAAGAUGGCUGAUCGACAACAGUGAGGAGGUCAGACAGGCGAUCAGGGACGGCCGCUGUUUGUUCGGCACUGUUGACUCCUGGCUGUUAUGGAACCUAACUGGAGGGAAAGAUGGAGGCAAACACUUGACAGACGUCACCAAUGCCAGUCGUACUAUGCUGAUGAACAUCCGCUCCCUGAAAUGGGAUCAAGAUCUAUUGAGGUUUUUUGACAUCCCAAUGGAAAUUCUGCCAGAGAUCCGCAGUUCCUCUGAAGUUUACGGACAACUAGUUUCUGGCCCGUUAAAAGGGCUCAACAUCUCAGGGAUACUUGGAGACCAACAGGCAGCCUUGGUUGGUCAGAUGUGUUUCAAACCGGGACAGGCAAAAAACACGUACGGUACAGGCUGUUUCCUAUUGAUAAACACUGGUACUGAGGUAUGCGAGUCCAACCAUGGCCUGUUAACAACUGUGGGGUAUCAGCUCGGCAAAGACAAGCCGGUCGUUUACGCUCUCGAGGGUGCUGUUGCUAUUGGCGGUGCUUGUGUACGCUGGCUCAGGGACAACCUGGGAAUUAUAAAGACCUCAGAGGAGAUAGAGACGCUGGCUGCCAGUGUUGACAGUGUGGGAGGGUGCUACUUUGUACCAGCGUUUUCUGGUCUAUUCUGUCCUCACUGGCAGUCCGAUGCUAGAGGGGUCAUAUGUGGACUGACACAGUUCACCACCAAGUGUCACAUCGCAAGGGCGGCUCUGGAGGCGGUUUGUUUUCAGACAAGGGAGAUUCUGGAGAUUAUGAAUGAGGAGAGUGGUAUCCCCCUGAUGUCACUUCAGGUGGACGGAGGGAUGACUACCAACACUCUACUCAUGCAGAUGCAGUCUGAUCUCCUGGGGAUCAGUGUCGUACGACCUUCCAUGACAGAGACAACAGCUCUUGGUGCAGCCAUGGCAGCAGGGAAUGCCGAGGGCAUUUGGGAUAUUGAAGACAGUGCCAAGACAACCAUCACCACGGAUACCUUCAACCCUGCUGUCCAAGCUAAAGAACGAGACCAGCGCUUUGGGAGAUGGAAGCUGGCAGUUGAGAGGUCAAUGCAUUGGGAGGUUCCUACACCUGUUCAGGGCCCCAAGCCGAACAUUUACAGCAGUCUCGCGGGCGGGAUUUAUUUGUGGACCAGCUGUGCCUUAUUACUAGCAGCAGAACUCUUACACAAGAGGUAACAUUUAGCCAGGUUGUAGGUACCCUAUAUUCCAAUUUUUAUAGUUAUAUUUUAUGUUUUUAAUGGUUAAUGUUUUUGUCACUGUAUGAGGUUUAUUUUUAUGAUGAUGUUGAGAUCUUCAAACCUUUUAUGUCAUAUAGAAAGUACAACGAACUAGACAUAUCAGUCCUAAGGUUGCUCACUCUAGUCCUAAUUUAUUCUGCCCUGAAAUUUCAUAAUGAUCUAUUCCAAAAUUUGAAUUGGAAGAGUUCAAAUGUGUUUUCAGGGGUGAAUGUGUUAACUUGUGAUUGGUAGAAUGUUUAAUGCACAAAAUGAAAUACUGUAGAAUAAUUUAUUUUCGUGGGGUUAAAGUUUGUGGUUUUCAUAUACUAGCCUGU